AUGACAACUACUCCCACCUUCACCCUUGAUCAUCCCCAGCUCGGCAGUCUCACUGGCCGCCUGGUUGAUCACCAACAUGCUGAUGGACAGCCUGUGACUGAGCCUAUCGUGCAUUUCCGUUCCAUCCCUUAUGCCACCAUCCCAGCCCGUUUCAGCCAAAGCGUACUCCUCGAUCACAUCCCGGACCACUUUGAUGAUCGCCCUCGUGGCGAAUUUACGCAGUAUGGUGCUGCGUGUCCGCAAGUGCCACAGCCCACAGGCAGAGGUAGUGCGACAGGAGGAUUUGUACCUGGCGAGGAGCCAGUCACCUACGAUGAGCAAGCCUGUCUCAACUUGACCAUUUCUGCACCCGUCAAGAGUGCCCUUAACCAAACUGGCCUAUCAACCCCCAAAGCACUCCUGCCAGUACUGGUCUAUGUGCAUGGCGGCGGUAUGAUCGAAGGCAAGGGCCAUGUCAGCGCCCUUCAUGACACGUCCAAGAUGACUGAGCUGGCAGCUCACGAGGGUAUGGAUGUUGUGAUUGUGUCUAUAGGAUACCGGUUGAACUGGCAAGGUUUCAUCGCCUGCUACGAUCUACUCGACGAGGCCAGGGAGAAUGGUGAACCUGCAUUCAAUUAUGGACUGCGAGACCAACGCAACAGCUUCCUCUGGAUCCAGAAAUAUAUCGCAGGCUUUGGUGGUGAUCCAAAUAACAUCACGGCCUUUGGCGAGUCGGGCGGCGCUGUCUCGCUCUCCAUACACGCUUGUUCGGAUGUGCCUCUGUUCAACCGAGUCAUCCUCCAGAGUGGUACACCCAAUACCAUAGAUAGCUGGACACUUGAUGAGUUUGAUACAUUCUAUCACCGUCUGCUGUCAUAUCUGGAAAUCACAGGAACAACGCGUGCAGAGCGGCUCAAGGCCCUCCGUGGGGUGCCAGUGUCACGCUUGCUUGACUUCAUUCGUGAGAAUAAUCUCCGUACGAUGAAGCCCUUCUUCGGCCCGGAGUGUGAGUUCUUCCCUCAGCAGCCUUUCUGGUCCAAUCAAGGCGAGAUUCUGGCCAACUGCUCAUGGGUCCACGACAUCAUGAUUGGCGACGACUCGUGUGAGGGAUCUGCGUUCACAACACCAAUGAGGGACAUCUCUGCUAGCAUGUACAUUUCACAAGUUUACACUAUUCUCGGUGAAGAGUCUGGCCGCCGCGUGCUCGACUCAUACGAUAUACAUGAGGGUAUGGACGAGGGCCUCUUCUGGCAGCAUGUGACGGUUAUAACGGGAGACUUGAUCUUCUCCGAGCCCGCGCACUCAGUUGCCGUCGCGGUGGCGCAGAUUGGUCGCCAGCGUUUAUAUCGCUGGAAUUUUGGUCUACAGAACCCUUUCCCAGGAUCGGUCUUCUCCUACACCACGGGGCAUCAUUUUGUCGAACUCAUGUACCAGUUCAUGACACUCGCGGGACGUCUCCCUACCCACAGAAACCAUUUCCUGCGACGUCAGGGGGAGGAAAUGGCGCGUAGUUGGAUUCGAUUUGCUAAUGGACUCCCCCCAAUGCCCGGUGCGAAACCAUACGAUCUAGACGAAGGUAAUAUUAUGAUUUGUGAUAUGCUACACGGGUGGACAGUCCGAACAAGAGCGGAGGAUGAAGUCGUCAGCCAGCAGGAUCCGUGGGGUCCCCGACGGUACCGCCAGUGGGAAAUCCUGAACGAGGAGUUGAAAAGAGCUGGAUGCGCCAAGGAUGGGGCUAGCUCAGAGAAUGAAAGGAUUCAGGCGACGAGAAACAUGCUCUUGGGAUAG